GUACAUGUGUUGUGUUGUUUUUUUUCCAGAUGAUGAGAACCUCCCUAUCGUACCACCUAUAUUAGUCACUGUACCGUUUGAUUAUCCUGAAAACAGUCCCGAAUGUUCUACCAGUAGAAAAGAUUACGAGUCAACACCAUUCCUUCGUGCCAUACAGAAGUCGAUGGUUACACAUCUUCUAGAUCUGCCGAGUAAAUUUACAUUUACUUCACUACUUGAUAUGUGGGAAAUGAGUGUGAGGAAGGCAUGUGCACCAACCUGAAAUUAAAUGACUUAUUUAUCUCCCUUUAUAACAUAGAUCUGGAACAAAAAACAAUUACAAACAAAUGAUGUGCAACACAACAUUUUUUCUUGAGCCAAUGUUUUAGCAUUAAAUCACUUGAAAACUCUG